AACUUCCGAACCAGUUUGAAGGUCCGUCUCGACGGUACGGCAACCUUGCAGACGACCGGUUUUUCGCAGCAGACGACAGUCGUGUACGAUCCGCUUUUCCUGGACAUUUUCCUUGCAAUAGACCGACUUCAAGCAGCAGUCUCACGGAUUCUCCCUUACCGAAGGCGUUUAGAAGUCUACAGGAGCUGCCGAGGAUGAAGGUGGAGCGAGCCGGCGAACGCAGAAACGUCCUGGGCGAGGGACCUCACUGGGACCACCGGAGCUCAACCCUGCUCUACGAUGACGCGCAGAACGGAGAAAUUGUGCGGUUCGAUCCUCAGGCCGGGAAAGAGACUGAAAUCAUCAGUCUCGAUGGCGAGAUCGGUAACCUGAUCCCUUACGUCGAAGACAACCGCAAGCUAAUGGUGUGCAUGGAAAGUGCCAUCUACAAACUUGACCUCGACACCAGGGAUCAGACCCUUCUUGAGGAGAUGCUGGACCCGGAUUGUCCGGUACGAACCAGAAUCAACGACGGCAAGUGCGACGCCAAGGGACGUCUCUGGGCCGGCACCAUGCCAAGAGAAGUGGACAUAGAGAAUUCCGUUCGAGGAAAGAACAACUUCUACUGCUUCUCCAAGGGCAAGGUGACCUUGAAGAUGCCGCAGAUCUCUUUGUCCAACGGCAUAACGUGGACAUCGGACAACCGGACCAUGUUCUACAACGACUCAAUUCCGGGAAAAACAUACGUCUUCAACUUCGAUGUUGACACCGGAGACAUAAGCAACCGUCGGGUCUUCAUCGAUUUCACCACCACGCCUGGGUACGAGAACCUCGGACUUCCGGACGGCAUGACUAUAGACGUCAAUGACAAGAUUUGGAUGGCCUGCUUCGGCGUUGGCUCGGUCAUCCAGAUUGAUCCGGAAACGGCUAAAAUCCUGAACACAGUCAAAGUUCCGGCCAAGUAUACCACUUCAUGUUGCUUCGGCGGCCAGAAUUACGACGUUCUUUACGUCACUUCAGCCAGCUUCAUGAAGGACGCCACGCAGCCUGGUGACGGAUUGCUGUACCAGGUCACCGAACUUGGUGUAAAAGGGAAGGCGGCUUUUGAAUUCGCCGGCUGAGACCCGGCCGUGCGCGCUG